AUGGAUAUCGAUUUAGUGAAUGAUCUUCGACGAAAUGAUGAUGAUGAUGAGGAUGAAAGUGAUGAAGAUGAUGGAAAACUCAAAAGAAUUGAAAGUAGUGAUGAUGAUGAAGAAUCUAAAACUGCUAAUGUUGAAAGUAUUAUGAAAAAAGCAAAUGAAGUAGCAAAAAAAAAAGUUGCACGACAUCCUCGACCAAAACUUGAUGUUGAUAGAUUAACAGGCCCACGAGGUCUCGAAGAAUUAUGUAAUCUAUUUAAAAAUGAGAAGUUCAAAGGCAAAGGUCAUGAAUUUGCUGAUCUAGAUACAGUAAUGCAUAAAUUUGAAUAUUGGGCUCAUCGUCUUGUACCACAUUUGGCUUUUGAUGAUUUUAUUGAAAAAGCAGAAAAUCUUGGUAGUAAAAAGCCAGUUAAGAACGCACUUCAACAUUUACGUGAUAAAUUAAAUAUUCAAGUAUUACCAAAUGAUGAUGAUGAACAAGCUAGUCACACAUUACUCGAUUUAUUACCAACCAUUCUUCCAGAAAAUGAAGAAAAUUCUUCAGAUAAAAAUCCAAUGAAUGACAUUCCCAAUGAUGAAGAAUUAAAUGAAUUAUUUCAAUGA